AUGGCUUUCACACUUGUCCAAACACAACCCUCUCUCCUCCCACCACCACCAACCUCUCCUCCCACCACCACCAACGUCCCUGCUCCUCAUAAACACGCGCCCGCUACCCACCCACGCCACAUCACCACGGUCACCUGUGGCCACCACCGCCCACAAACAUUGUCGACCGCCAACAACAACCAUGUCAACAACAACGCGGCAAUGCCACAUCAGCAAGCAAACGAGCCCCGGCGAGGUCGAGGCGACGAAAACGGACUGCGAGGGAUGACCACCAUGACCACACCCACAGACCACGACACGCCCCACGAUGUCAACGGAUGGCCACGUCAACACACGCCAACGCCAACGACAACACGAACACGCCAAUGGACACCCACGCCAACAGACCACCACCAUGUCAACGGAUGA